UCCUUAUGAUUUUAAUGAAACAGACUUGCGUAUUAGCUUGGCAUUGAUAUCAACAUAUCUGAAAAAAGCAUUUGACAACAAGGAUGACCAAAUUCCAUGGGGCACAUUGAGGUAUUUGAUAGGGGAGGCCAUGUAUGGAGGUAGGGUAUCAGAUUCCUUUGAUAGAAGAAUCCUCACAACAUAUCUGGAGGAGUACCUGGGGGACUUCCUGUUUGAUAAGGUGCAUCCCUUCAUGUUCUUUGCCUCCACGGGUGAGUCCAUUGUGUACAGGCUGCCAGAGACUGGGCACAGAGACCACUACAUACACUACAUUGGGGAGUUGCCUAUUGUGCAAUCUCCACAAGUGUUUGGUCUGCACCCCAAUGCAGACAUCAGCUACUACUCCAGCAGCACCAAAACCUUGUGGAAGGACUUGGUGAGCAUGCAGCCUAGUGCAGCAGGUGGUAGUGAUGGCACCCGCCAGGAAGACAUUGUUGACAGGAUUGCGGCUGACCUGCUUACCAAAAUACCACUACCAUUUGACCUCCCAGCCUUGAGGAAACAGAUAGGAAUCCCAUCCCCUAUGCAGGUCAGGAUCAUCAUCCACAGCUCCUCUCUCCAGGAUUUGUUCCCAAUUCAGCCACUGCACAGCAUUGCAAUCUCUCUUGAUUAA